AUGACGAUUCAAACCGUUCGAAUCUUGCUGCCUUUGCUAUGCGAUACGCAAAUAAUUAUCGAAUGCGUAAGUAAUUUAUUAGUUAACUUACCUAGUGAAAGAUUCUUACUAAAGAUUGGGAAUCAGAUCAUCAAUAAAGUAUAUUUGAAACUCCUUCGGCGUUAUCUGGAAUCAUCCUUAUACUCAUGGCGUGAUCGCGUAGACGAUAUAAUCAACGCUAUGAGAGACCCUACUGCUGACAUUAUCUGGAUUUUACCGAUCUUCUUGUAUGCCCAAGGAGAUUAUACCUAUGAUUAUCGAUUAAUAACUGAAAGUAAGAAUAAAUUGUUACAACAAUUAACCGAAAAUGCUCCUGCAAAAAUUAUAAUUCAUCACCCAGACGAUCCUUUGAAGGAGCUUUUCCAAAACAUGGACAGAUAUACAGCAAUAUCAAUCAUAUCAACGGAUCUAGCUAAUAAGUUGCUAACAUGUAGCACAUUUAUGAAUUGGUCGAGGCUUGAAAAAUUAUUGAUUGACGCUAAAGGUCGAAGAUCAACAGGAAAUGUCAAAAAGCGCAUUAAAGAAUAUGAAGCAAGGAUUAAGGCAUUGGAAGAGGAGAUGAGAAAACAAAAAAAAGUAAGAAAUAGCCUCAUUAAAAGUAUUAACGACGCAACCCGUGAAAUUGACGAAUUUGAAAAAAAGAUUUUUCAGCUAAGCGAGAUUCUAGAAUCUAUUGCAGAUAAUUCAGUCCAUAGUGAUAAUGUGAAGGAGGUACAACAAGAGCUCAAGAAGAAAAGGAAAGAAAUUGAAAUUGUACGAGCUCAGAAAUCAGAUAAAGUCAUAGCAUUGGAAAAGCUAUUGAAAUUAUAUCGUCAGCAACAGGCUAAGAUAGCUAGUAUUCAAGAUAGUCUAGAAUCGUGCCAGAAGAAGAUUGAAGAAAUGGCAGAAACUGAAAAGAAGGAUAUAUACGAAGAUUCGCAUUUUUCGGGUGCUGGGUUUAUGAAGGGUAGUUCUGAAUUUACAGACAAUGCGGUUGAAAAAAUGAAAAUAGGUAAGCGAUUGCCGGCGAAAAGAGAGCUUGUGAAGAGGAUCUCAUGUGCAAGAAUAGAUACUAAUACUGCUAAUUUAUUGGUAAGUGCGUUCGUGGAUAAAGAAGAUGAAAUGAUACGAACCCUUAAUCUACCAGCUACAAUGAAACUAACUCAGGAGGGUAUUAGAGAUAUUUUGCACAUUAUAAAAGAUAAUGAUAAAAUUUUUAAAAUUACCAUUGGCCACCAUAUUCCCGAUGUUGCAUACGAAGACCUCCAAUUACUCAUUCAAAACCAAAAUAACUUGACUACUAUCGACUUAACAAAUGCAGGUAUCAGUGAUAUUAUUGCAACUGCCAUUGCUGAAGCCAUUAUCAAUAACAAAGAUCUCUUAAUUAGAAAUUUGAUACUCUUACGAAAUAAUAUCGGGUCUGACGGUGGACGAGAGUUCGGAAGAAUGUUAAAAGUUAAUCGCACUUUAUAUACCUUGGAUUUACGAUCCAACCGACUGGGUGAUCAAGGGGUCAUAUCUUUAUGUGAGGGGUUACAAGGUAAUGACUGCUUACAUUCUUUACGCCUAGAAAACAAUAGAUUUAGUCAGGCAGGCAUUAUAGCUUACGUGAACGCUAUGAUUGAUCCUGAUUGUCAAAUUUCUAGUCUCAACGUAAGUUAUAAUCCACUCGGCAUGCUUGGUAUCGAAGCUUUGGCACCCCUUCUAAAAUCUCCGAUAAUUAGUGGAAGAAUACUAUCCGACACAGAUAACACACUAAAACUAAUCAAAUGUGAAAUUGAUGACUCUACAAUGAAUAUUUUACCCAAGCUUUUAGCUGACAUUAAGAUCAAAAUGCGAAUGUCAUUAAAUCUGAAAGGCAAUAAAUUGACUGCAAAAGGAUUUAAUAUAUUAGGAAAAUGUAUGAGGGGAAAGUUGAUGGAAAUAGACAAAUUAAAUAUUAUCGGAAAUUCUUUAGCUGGAGAUGACAUCGAUCAGUUUGCCGAUGGAAUAGCAAGUAUGGGCGAAAGUUUAGGAGGGAUUCGAAUGUCUUGGUGCGAUAUUACGGACACAAUAUUAUAUAAAUUAAUACCUGCUGUAGCCAUCGCGAAAUUAGACGAACUACAUUUAGGUGGGAAUCCAUUUGGUGAAAAGGGCCUGCUAGUCCUUUGUGAAAUAUUAAGUCAAGACAAUUUCGCGGUAAAAUCAUUAGAUAACUUUGGAAUCGAACGAUCGACGGUUAUUGAUUGUUUAUCUUAUGCCAAAAAUUGUGUUAAAGUUUUAAAUUUAUCUUGGAUUUUCAGUAAUUCUGCAUGUGAUAUUACUCCAUUGGUCCAAUUAAUUCAACUUGAUGGAUUUUCGAACUUAACUGAUCUACAUCUAGUUGAGAAUCAGUUACAAGACAAGAAUGUAAAACCUUUAGCAAAAGUUUUACAUCUUAUGCCGGUAUUAAGAUACGUAGGCUUGGAUUAUAACAAUAUUACGAUUGAUGGGGUUCUCUAUCUAUUGACUGCGAUAGAGUCUACGAAAUUUCGACACCUUCGUACAAUAAACUUAUUCAAGAAUCAACUUAACAAAGAAAAUGCUUUAACAAUAAUCGAAAAAUUUCAUGAUCAACUUUAUUUGUUGGAGAUUAUAGCAAACGCUGAGUAUAGAAUCACUCAACCUUUCGAUAAAAGUGACGACACAAAAACAUCCGAUGAUCAAUUUAUAAGUAGUAUCAAAGGCUUUGUUAAAUGCAGCCAUUUAUUUAAUGGCGAAGGAAAUCAGAAAAUACAGGAAUCUAAAAUCUGCGAUUUAAAAGGCUGUGAAUUGACAAACGAUGCAAUAGAUUUUAUUACAGACCGGCUUAAAAAUCUUAGUCAAGGAUUACACAGUUUAAAUUUAAGUGAAAAUUGCUUGGGCGCAUCUGGCAUAAGAAGACUCGUUGAUCAUUUUGUCAGGGAUCAUGGUCAGUUAGAGAAUUUGCAGUACUUAAAUAUCAGUCAUAAUGUAUUAGGCAACAAAGCAAUGAAAUAUAUCAAAAUACUAUUAGAGCACGAAAGUUGUCGUUUGAGAGAAUUAGAUAUUCGUGACACCAAAAUAACCAUAGGAGGAUUAAAAUUAAUAAUUAAUAACAUUAAAAAUCUACAUCAGUUACGUUGGGGUGGUAAUUUAAUUAGUCAAGAGGAAGCUAAAUCUUUAUUUAAGAACUUUAGUCCUCAAGAAUAG